UCCGGGUCAAGGGUCAGACAGCCGUCUUCCCGUUGGCCAUGGUGCAGCUCCGGCCGCGUCCGUCGCGAGUCCCCGCGCCGGCGGAGGCGAUGGUGGACGAGGACCAACCGGCCUCGGAGGAGGAAGAGGCGGAGCAUGGCCUGCUCCUCGGGCAGCCCAGCAGCGGCGCCGCCGCCGAGCCGCUGGACGAGGACGAGGACGGGGACGACGAAGCCCCCGAGGAACUGACUUUCGCCCAUGCUCAGGCGGAAGCUAGGGAGGAGGAGCUGCGCGUGCGUGAGAGUGCACGGAGGGAUAAAACGCUGCUGAAGGAGAAGAGGAAGCGGCGCGAGGAGCUGUUCAUCGAACAGAAGAAAAGAAAGCUGCUUCCAGAUGCUAUUUUACAGCAACUAACUACAGCUUCAGAGGCUGACCUAAAGAAAUCACCAGGAAACGUAAAAGUUAAUUCGAAAAAGAAAGAUGAACAUAUUGCAAAAGAAAGAAACUCCAAGAAAGCUAAAAUACAAAAAGUACAGUCCGACAGUCAGACUAAAAGCUACUUGGCUGUAAGGCUAAAAGAUCAAGAUCUGAGAGAUUCAAGGCAAGAAGCAGCCAAACAUUUUAUCCACAAUUGUUUAUAUGGUUCAGAAUCCAAGAGGACUACUGUGAACAAGUUCCUGUCCCUGAACAACAAGAGGCUACCAGUGAAAAAAGCUGCAGCCCAGUUUCUCAACAGCACAUGGGGUGCUAAGAAACAACAAAAUGCCAAGAGGUUUAAAAAACGCUGGAUGGCCAAAAAGAUGAAAAAGAAAAGUUAUAAGUGAAAUGAAAUAAAGCUAAAUGAUGAUGAUUUAUAUGUAUAGAAUUUAAGGUUAUUUGGUAUGGUGAACACUGAUUUUUCAAAAUCUAGUCAUUCAUAAAUCAUUGUAAAGGAUCAUUACGAAAAAAAACCAUAAACCUUUUUGUCUGGGAAA